AUGCAGCCUCCAGCGGGCAGAAACCUGCCCGUGAAAUUCGUGGACCCUGGCUUCACAGCAGCCGGGCAGCACCAGAAGAAUGCGAGGAGCUAUGGCAGCGGUUGGGCGCUGCUGUGCUGCGGCAUGGUCAGCAAGAGCCUCCUCAACCUCGUCCUUUCCUUCUCCGUGAAUGCCUUGCUGCUCUGCUUUGCGUAUGGAAAUGUGGCCCACCACCCCAUCGCUCUGGUCUACAACGACCUGCAUCCUCAGUGGGCCCACCACCCCAUCGCUCUGGUCUACAACAACCUGCACCCGCAGUGGGAGAAGAGCGUCAACUUCUUCCUGCACUGGGGCGGCCUCAGGUCCCUCGCCCUCACCUACACGCACAUCAUGCAACUCGACACCCUCAACUCCUACGAGGACAAGUGGCACUUCUCCUCCCUCACCUCCCUCAGUCUCAAGCUGCGCGGCAGCGUGGACACCUCCCAGCUGUUUGACGACGUGCCGAAGGACGAUCGGCGUGAGGUGGAGCAAGAAUGCUGGACCCAUUACCUCCACUGCCCACGUCUGCAGCGGCUGAAGCUGGGGCGCGGCAUGUGGGUUCUCCGGGCCGGCUGGGCGGAUGGGUUCAAGGCGCUGCGCUGUUUGACUCUCAAGCACGUGGACUGGGACUAUGUGGAUUUCAAGUAUCUCGCCACGCUCACACCACAGCUCACAGAAUUUACGCUUUACGAGCGCUGGGAUUUGGAUAACCCGUCCUACGGCCCUCGUGGUGGCGACAACAACAGAUACUCGUUCGACUUGUCAUCGGCCCGCGAUAUCCGGUUCUACUUGGUGCAAAGCAGCCUCACGCUCUUCCUCACCCUCUCCCGCUCACUCAAGGCCUUCUCAGCCGUGGCCAAAUGGCUGGUCCUCUCCUGCAAGAGCACCGUUCCUCUCUAUCUCCACCACCUCUCGCUGUACGGCCAGGAGCGUCUCGUCGUCUCCUCCCUCCGCCUCGCAUCCGCACGAGUGGCCUACCUCAACGGCCCUUGCAGCGAUUACCAUAGCCGCGACGACGACUAUUACAGCUACUGGGACUCCCCUGAACUAGAAGGUGGGCGCAGAGUGGAGCUGCCUCGCAGCCUUGGGAUUGUCGUGGAGAAUGAGGAGCGGUUUGAAAUGAAUCUGGAGGUGGAGAGGUGGCGGGAUGAUGGUGAGAAGGAGGUUACAGUGGAGGAGUUUCAAGAGCGGAAUCAAAGGCAGAGGAUUUUGCAGCAGCAGCAGCGGCAGCAGCAGCCGUGGCGGCAGCAGGAGGAGCAGGAAGAGGAGGAGGAGGAGGAGGAAGAGCAAGUAGGAAAACCCCCUCUUAUAAGGGCUCCAAACUUGCAAGCGAUAUUCUUCCCCACCCGCACAUGCGAGCAGCAAACCCUUGCUUUCCUUCGUGAAUCCUAUCCCUCCCUCGCCCUGUACUGCAUCGCAUGUCGUUCCUUCUACUGGGAGAAGCACGGGAAGGAGUUGGCUGAGACCCCUUUUGAGGCGAAUCAAGAGAAGCAGGGGAAAGAAAUGGCUGAGACCCCUGUGGUGCAUGUGAGGAAGGGGAGGAGCGGGGUGUCGAGCAAUAGUUGGGGGGGGGAGGCAGCCGAAGAAUGUGAGGGAGAAGAUGCACGGUGUGAAUAG